AUGACGAUCAAGACUGAAAGAGUUCAAGACUUGCCCAUUAUAAGGUUUGGUUUUCGCUUCUUAAUCAACAAACAAUUUCUAUGAUAGAGGCUGUAGCCAGGGUGACUGGGAUCUUCAAGUUACUUAUUUGUUCAAGUAAAACCUAUUGCGAUGUUGACUCACUAACCCGAAUAAAGAGAUGCAAUUCACCUUGGUUGAACCAAUGUCGUUCAAGAACUUGUUAUGACUGACCUUGAUUUCUCAACAGAAUCGAUGGAGUAGAAAUGAAUACCACCAGUAAUUUGUCAGAACCUAUUGAAAUAAGUAAUGGCACAGUGUUAUUGGAUCAUCAAAGACGUUUUUCUUUUGAGGCUGAGGAGAACAGCGUCGUUUUAAUUUCACUUCAGUAUGAUGCAGGUAAGUCCUUACAAGAUAAAGUAUUUUCCUUUUUUCCCGGCCAUUCAUAAGAUCAGUAGGUAUGUAUACUAGUGAGCUAGACUUUUAUCCAGAAAUUAACGAUGCUUUUAGUUCCUCAAAUUGCCCCAAAUAAAUGGUUUUACGCGAUUAAAUUUUAAAGAAACCAUCAUGUUGGGCCAUAUUUUGGAGGGUUUUCGUUAUGUCUAUUUGUUUGUUUUGUUUGGUUUUGGUUAUUUGCUCUUUUACUCGUGAGAGAAAGAAAACCCUAGAUCCAAACCCGAGAAAAAUCCUUCCAGUCAAUACAAAAACUUUAUCAUAUAACCCUUUAACUCCCAAGAUCUCAUAAGCAAUUCUCCUUACUGUCUGCCAAACGAUUCUCGUUAUGUUAGUUUGGAGAAUUUGGUAUCGGAUCAAUUAGUAAUCCCAUAGUUGAUAUUUUUCUCUAUUCUCAUCACUCAUCUGCAUGAUAUUGUAUAGAUAUAGUACGGAGAAGUUUUGUCUUGGUCACUCACGGGAGUUAAAUUGCUUAAGGGUUUGACCUUUAUGAGAUAUACAACUGAGAAGAAAAGUCAGCAAAUCAAUCAGUAUGACUCGGGUGAACUAGCCCGAGACGUUAACGAAACGAAUUGAGAAGGUGACGAAAUGGUCGACCGCGAAACGACACCUAAGCGAAAUGGUCGGUUAUUGCUCGACGGUAUGUGACACCGGUCUCGAAAGUCGAAGGUCCCAGAAGAAAGCUCUCGUUACCGUGGUAUUCUAGCCUUGCUUAAUUUUGUGGCAUCUAAAGUCUAACCUUUUCCUUCUCUCAGGUGUGACAGUAACCAUCGACGUCCGUCAUAGUCGAGUUAUGAAGAGACAAUAUUUGAAUAUUCUCUAUUCGCCAACUGCUGCUUACAAAGGUCACACUGAAGGACUGUGUGGCUUCAUGGAUAACAAUGCCACUAACGAUUUCAUGGGAACCGACGGAAAUCUUUGCGAUGACGCCAUUCAAUUUGCCGAAUCAUGUAAGCAAAGCUUAUCACAUAGUUUGAUCUAGAUGUUACCCCAAUAUUUUUAAUUAAAACAUUUAUUGGUCAUGAAAAUAUCCUUAAAAUACAACAAAAUAUUGCGGUAAAUACACAUUAGUAACCUCGUCUUUUAGGUCUGUGCAGUAGGUCACAGACUGGAGGGGAAAAAUAAGUAUCUUUAACUUACAGUACGCACUGAAUAAACACGUUGUUAGCAGGCUAGAGAAGAGUUGCUUGUCAAGAGGAACAGCUGCAGACAACUAAAAGCAAAACAAGUCAUUUUGAAAUUGUUUCUUAAGUCGUUGGAAAAUUCUUAAAUUUAAACCCAAUUUUCCAAUCAAAGUUAAGACAAGUUGUCGACAAAGAAAGGGAGAUUUGAACAACAGAAUCAAUAGCAGUGUGCAGACAUUGAAAUAAACAAUCUAGGCGGGCCUAGUAACUGAGCGAAGUUGUAGAAUGAUGCAGAUGGACACCAAAACUUUCAAGAGAUUUAAAGAUAAGUCAGACAAGGAUUUUUUAAGUAACAGUAGCUGCGUUAUACGAUGUAACCGUUCUCCGGUUUUUUUAAAUACGAUAAAUGGGGUAGUCUUUGACUGGAAAAAUGGAGACAAUAAGCUGAAAAACACUUUGUUUCCAGCAUGAUAAGCAAUGUACAUAUUGUCGAACUGUAUCAACCUAUAUACCGAUGAAACUGUUUCUUUCAUUUAAAAGGGAGGAUCACAGAUUGUCACGAUGGCUCAGGCACGAAGGACUCUUGGUCAUGGAACUCAUCAAAUUUUUAUCACGAUGACAUAAUGGACAUAACGUACACAGAUCCCACAUACAUACCUAUGUAUUCACUGGACGGAAUUUCUCAGUCUCUACUACAGGUUAAUAAACUCAUGUCCAUAAAUCAAAGCCUUUGAUCUAUUAUGUGAUUGGUCAUUUAACAACAUCAUUUGAGCAAUAAUAGUACUAUGUUGCUGCAUUGCUUUUAUUUGGACAGUGUUAUUGGUCUAUGCCUUAUUCAGGUGUGAUUGGACAGAACGCUUCAGUUCUUCAUUUUCACUCGUUUGAUCACAGACCAAAUUGGAUUCUACGCGGUUCUUCUGCCAUUACUGAAAAAGGGGAAAAUCGACUGCAACAAAAUUAUGAAAAUUAAACCCACUUUUUUAACCAUCGCUGUUGUGAAGAAAGCACAUAAAAAAAAACAAAACAAAAAACCAAAAAUCAAAAACAAAACUAUCACAUCUGGCCACGAUUUAAAAAUAAUAUAAUGAGUCUCUUUAGCUAAGUGCCCUUUUUCUUGCCCUAAUUUGAACUAAGCCUCCAGGCGCUUGUAUUAACACCAAGGGUGAUUGUGAUAAACUUGUUAAUUUGAGAUAGGGUUUGUUUUCACUCAUGUACGUUAACAAACAAUUUAACUUCAACUUAGAUUGCAACAAGCAUGUGCAAAUCCUUGAACAUUUCUGGUGAUUAUUUACAAAGCUGCAUAUUCGAUGUCGCCACAACCAAUGACACGACAUUUACUGAUCAGGAAACUUUUAAACGAGGUAAGCUUUCUUAACGAGUGUUUGUAAGGAUUAUUUCAUUAGUUUAAGAACCAAGUUCGUUUUUCUGUUAAAAAUAAAGGACAUUUGGUGUUUCAAUUUAUAUUAAAAUGUUACCCCUUAUCAUUCAAAAUGCAAAUAUUAGAUAAAAAUUGCCUCUAGGAUAUUAUCAUUGAUAAAAAGUUGCAUUAAACAUAACAAUCUGAAAGUUUAAGAGUGCGCAAUAGGAAAUGUUCAACGUAACAGUAUUAAAGGGCUGGGGCUUUAACUUACUGGCUUCACCAUGUUCACGAGAUCUCAUUCUUUGUGGUUAAUAUUUCAAAUGUUUUUAUUAAUCCAUCCGCAAAAUUCGAUCUCUCUGUUUAAGACUGUCCAGACCAAUGCUCAGGUAAAGGGAGAUGUAUCAAUGGAACAUGUAAAUGUAUCGAAGGUUGGACAGGGAAGAGUUGUGAUAAAGGUAUUGGUUAUUAUCAGCUUGAAUCUCAUCAUCAGGUGUUAGAUAGAUAAGGAGGACGGAUAGAUAUCUCUGCUAGAAUUCUCUAGUAAAUUUUAUUUCUCUGUAUUCUGUGUUGGACAAACAAUUAUACCCAGCAUAAAGGCUCGCUUAAUUUUGUUUUGUGUGUGUGUGUGUUUUCUACUUCGUUUGUGUAUUGUUAAGUUUUUUUUAAAAUCUAUUUUGGGAGCUUCUCAACAAUUUCAACUUUCACUCUGAAUUGUAACAAAGCACAAUUGGGGUUUUCAGUGUUGCCAUCUGGCAUCUUCACGCAAAAACCGUACCUCCUCGACCCUAACGUUGUCAUCGUAAUUUUCUUUCCCUCAGGCUCUUGUCUAAACUGUUCAACCAUUCAUGGCAAAUGUGUUAAGGGAUUUUGUGUCUGUGACCUGGGCUGGGAAGGACGAAGCUGUGAAAUGGAAGGUUAUGCCGUUCAUCUCCUGACUGAAAUAGUAUAUAUUCAUUGAGUCCCAAUAUUGACAUCAGGGAACUCUUUUAAGCUGCUAAAUGGACGUUUUCAAAGGCUGUAUAAAUGAGUUAAGGUAGCAUUCUAUUGGGCUGUUAGAGCAGGUUAAAUUUUCUCUUUUCCUCAGUAAAAUUUGAUUUAAUUUGAUUUAAUUUUCAAAUAGCAUCGAGUUUGAAACGAUUGAAAAGGAAUGAAGGGCAACAGCAGUCGUUUCGCUUGUUUUUAGAGGUCGAGCGCUGGUUUCAUUUGCCGAAUUUAGUGCCCUCUGUGAUGAUUUUCCAACGACAAGCCGUAAUAUCGCGCCAAAUACUAACGUUUUUAAAUUAUUGUGGUCUACAGCCACUUGCUUUGGAGUUAACAACUGUACUAGCCCUGAACACGGCAGGUGUAAAACGACAGAUUUUUGCCAGUGUAAACCUGGCUACAUAGGUCAGUUCCAUUUAUUGUUUCGUUGCUCUUUGUUGUUGAUGUUAUAAUAAACGCAUGCUAGAUUACUUUAAAAAAAAAAGAGGGAUCAAUGGUAACCAGUUCUAUUGCAAGUUCUCGAAUAGCGGAGAUGAACGAAAGAGAAGGCGUGAAAAACCGGUGGGGGUCAGGGAGGAGUGUUUCAUUUUAGUUGUUUUAAUCGUGAUAACCAAAAAGACUGUAGAUAGAUCAGCGGCAGCUUUCACCAUAGUUGGCUCGUGGUUGGUGGAGAGCGAAGGCGAACAAUUAGUCACAAUGGACGAGCGGAGUGAAUAAUUAAGGCGAAAUUUAUUUUAGAGACUAUAGUAUAGCAAGUUAAAAAGUAGACCGGUUAUGGCUUUUUUUUCUUAUAAUCAGCCAGACCAAGAAAAUAUGAGAUUAAUCAAUUUAUUGAAUCCACGCACUUUUGCUUUUAAUUGUUCCCAGCAGAAAUCUUAAUCUGAAGUUCCGACUUUACACAGCUGCCUUGUGCUUAUAAAAAUAACAUCAGCCCGUUAUAUCGCUCGAAAUAUUAGAGUGGUUUAGCAAGAGGACGGGAACGUCAUUUCAGAACGGCGCGCGCAGCAAAAAUGCCGAGAAAAAACUGGGUCGAGAAAGCCGUCGCGUUGUGUUGAAAAGUGACUUAGCAGUCGUUUCAACGAACCGUCCACGUUACAUUUGUUCUUGAAUAUCCUAACCUUGGCUCUUUAGGAUCAUUAUCAGCUUUAAAUUUUCGGUUUCAUUAGACCAUUUGAAGGACAACGAAAUUAUCCUCUUUGAGAAUGUAACAAGCUCAAACCGAGGAUAGUUUACUACAAGUGAGUUGUUAAUAUGAAUCCACAUGGGUGAUUAAACUUUGAAAUUAUUUCAUUCCAGUUAAGUCUCGAGUCUGCAGAUUCAUCUAUCAAAUUUUGAAGCCCACUAAAUAUUUUUUUUUCUAUGAUUUGUAUCGUUGUCAUUUCGUUUCGUGCUUCUAGAUUUUAGCACUACUCGUUUUUCUUUAUAAUUUUGUAAAGUAUAAUUUGGAAUUAAAAUCGUCGCCGUUUUUCCCUUGUUUAUUGAAUAUUCUUCUCAAUUAUGACAGUACACCUCUUUUAAGCACCACCUUCUUAGAGUUGCAAUGCAUUUUGAACGGAGUUAUCAGGAGUUAUGGCGAAAACAUGUAGAGAUCAAGUGACCCAACGAUGGAGUUGUUUAUAAUGAGUUCCCGUUUAACCAUGAAUGAAUGAAAUGCACUCAAACUAGUCACAAACGAAACGGUUAGACUGAGGAAUCAGACUUCGUUCCGGUCUUAUUUUGUUUUUGUUUAAUUCCAUUUUUUUAACGAAUAAAUUCGUUUAAGACUGAAUCAAAUUAAAAGAUUUAGAGAGCCGUGCCGAAAUCACGUUGAUUGUUAUUUUCUUUCGUAGAUGACUUUCUUGACUAAGUUUUCGCCGGCGUUGAUCAAAACUAAAGACAUAAAAAAGUGCAAACCCGAGCUGUUCUCAAUUUUUUUUUUUAUCUCUGACUUCAAUUCGCAGAACACUUUUCAAUCACGGUUAAAACGACAAUGACAACAAAUAACACUGAAUAAUAUAGCAGGUAACCUUAGUGUUGUUUCAUUUUGAUAAACUUCAACAUGAAGCAAGUUUAAUUUAUUGAUGAAUUAGUUCACGAUAAAAUUAACAGCACCCGUUCUAAGAGUUUUCAUACAUGGUUUAAGAAAUGUAUCAAAGAAAAGCCCUUACGUUGCUUAAAGCCACGCUCAAUUACAAAAAGGUAACUGAGCCCUAAAAUCUUAGAUAGCUUGCUGACGAUCGUGUUUCCUUUCGGGAAUCCAGAAUAAAUGUAGCGGUAAAUUUUCCCAAAUUCACCGAAUAAAACAAAGAAAGGAACCUGGUUAUCCUGGAAAUGAGUUCUGAAAUCAUUCCAAACAGCAUUAUCUCGUUUAUAAGUGCACAAUUAACGAAAAUCCUAGGCGUUUUGAUCACGACGGGAAAACCAGCGAAAUGACGUCCUGAACUUGAUGGAGAGAACGACAACGCUAACACCGGAAGUCGAAAUAGAAUCAUGUCCAGAUUAUCCGCGCGCUUUCCCGUUUUGAAAUGACGUUCCCGUCCUCUUGCUAAACAACUCUAUUACUUGUUCUUAAAACAAGUACAUUUCUCGUAUUUCCAGGUGCUAACUGCAGUAUUGUUCCUACUUGUUACGAUGUAUUAAACUGUUCUGGCAAUGGAAUCUGUGUGGAUUUCGAUGUAUGCAAAUGUAAUACGGGAUGGACUGGAAGCAGUUGUGCUCAAUACUCUUGCGAACGAUUGGAUUAUUGUUCUGGUGAGUUAUCUUGGGAUAUCGUAUUCAUAGUCUACGAAAAGAUGUCAUUUCCGACUUUCCUUCCAUCCCACAUUGCUUCUUUUUAAUUUGUUUGUCCUUUAAAACGUUCUCCUGGUCCGACGUUAGUAUUAAUGUUUUCUUGUCCUUUCUCUCCCGCUUGCUGUUGAUAAGAACAUGGUAGCUGCGUGGCAUUUGACAAAUGCGCCUGUGAUUAUGGCUGGACUGGAGUAAGCUGCGCCCUUCCUGACUGUGAAGCUGUCAAUCAAUGUUCCAGAAAAGGAGGGUGCAUUUCCAGCGACAAGUGUCGCUGCUUUCCGGGAUUUAUUGGAGCAGAUUGUGGUCAGAUGGCGGACUGUAGUCACCUUGCAAACUGCAGUGGCCAAGGUGUUUGCGUUUCUACCGAGAUGCUGAAUGUGUCGUGCAGUUGCUACCUUGGUUUUACAGGCGAUAACUGCAGUCAGCCCACUUGUACAACCGUGAAUAAUUGUUCUGCUCAUGGUGCGUGCGUAGAAGCCGAGUUCUGCAAAUGUGACUUUGGAUACAUUGGAACUGACUGCAGUAACUUUUCUUGUGAGGCUGUCAACUAUUGCUCCGGUAAGUGCGUCGUUUUAAAAUUUUUGCUAUGGACACAUCAUACUAGCGAGGAGAACAUCCUUUUUGUUAGCAAAAAUGACAUAUCAUUUGCCUUCCACGUUCCGAGAAAAAUGGUUACAGAGAGUUUCAAUGUCUUUGAGUGGUCGAAAUUGUUGGGCACUUUCAUAUAGAGGUGCUUUCCUCGCAGCGACCCGAACACACAAUUCUGUCUUUAUGAUAAUGAACUUGACGUUCUCUCCGACAACCUUCAAUACUAACAACUUUCCUGCUUAUUAUGUAGCUGUAGCUUCUAAAACAAAUCAAUACUGUAAGACAAGGCUGACAAACGAUGUUCAUUUUUUUCCCUGUAGGAAAUGGAAAAUGUGUCGGCUACGACCUCUGCCUUUGCAGUUCCUCCUGGUCGGGUCGCGCAUGCAGUAUUCCUGAUUGCAGUGCUGUAAAAAAUUGUUCUGGCCAAGGAGAUUGUAUACUACCCAACGUUUGUUCUUGUUAUCCAGCUUUUGAUGGCGAAUACUGUGACCAGAAGGCAAAACCAAACAUCAAUCCUCCAAGAUUUAACCAAACAUUUUAUAACGCGGCCAUUAUGGAAAAUUCUCCUGUAGGAACAGUGAUUUUACAAGUAAAAGCCAACGAUACAGAUUCAGGAAGAAACGGUCAGAUAUUUUAUGCCAUACUUGGUGAUGAUAACGUAGAAAGUAUUCUUACCGUUGGUGGACAAUCUGGAAAAGUUUACAACGCAAAGACGCUGGAUUUUGAGACAAUCGAGAUGAAAUCAUUCAAUGUGACCAUGGUUGCUGCAGAUAAUGGAUAUCCACAGAAAUCUGGAAUGGCUACCGUACAGAUAACAAUAGUGGAUGAAAAUGACAAUUGUCCAACCUUCAUCGAGCCACCUGGAGAUCUAAAACUAGAAUUCCUUGCACUCAUUCCCGGAGAAACCGUAACCAAAGUUUCUGCAAUUGACUUGGAUAGUGGAGUAAACAGCGACAUAACUUAUAGCCUAUCCAAAAAUGACGCGUUCUCUAUUGAUAACAAAACUGGUGUGGUUACUGUGGUGUCCGACUUGACAGAGAAAGUUCAUCGUCUCACUGUUAGUGCAAGUGACAACGGUGACGUUUCUUGCAUAACAGACAUCAGUUUAACAGUUGAAAUCGGCGUCUUUCCAACAACAAAGCCCCGCACUACACCUACCACUCCCUUCACGAACAAGAAAUAUGAAACCUCUACCACGUCUACUUUUCCUGAGACUACGGCGUUCACAGGUAAGUUUGUUUCCAUUUGUAAAUGGCGAGAACAUCAACAAAGCGCAUUUAUUGGAUAAAUAGUUAAAUUACAACCUAAAGCGAGAGAAAUUAGUGAACAAAAUACUUACAAGGGAGAUGAACGAAUAUGGAGCGGAGAUGAACAAGAUGAACAUAGGACAAGGUUCACCCAAUUCAAAAUGAAAACCUUGAAAUAUUUACGUUAAAUUUGUUUAAGAUGCACAAACCAUGAUUUGACCUCUUUAACAAGUAAAAUUAACUAUGUCACAUUUAUCACUGAAAUUAGAGAUGGGGUCAACUCGCUUGCCGAUUUGAUUCUGCAAUUGAAUCAGUGCUGGAGAAACUGCUUUGAAAUGUCAUGGAGAGAUUGUAAAGAAUUAACGUAAACGUUAUGUACAUUUAAAGUGCAAAAAAGUUACUAAUUGUUAUAACAAAUUCAGAAAGUGUUCAACUAUUUUAACAACAUUUCUAUACCGUGGUAUGGAAACCCGCAUGUUGCAUGCUUGACGUAAACAUCCGAAUCCUUCAUCAAACGGAUAAGUAAAAAUAGAAAUUAGCGGGAAUUCGUUCAUUUCUUUUUCGUUCGAGUUCAAGUUUGAAAUAUUUUUUUUCAUUCUCUCUUUUUUAACAAAGGAGCGACUACUUCGCACGUACCAACGGAGACAGGCGCGGUUCCUCAGGAAGGUCCAAAUUAUGCAAUAAUUGGUGGGUCCGCAGCUGGAGGAGUACUGCUCCUUUUGAUUGCAGUACUGGUAAUCAGAAAAUGUCUUUGCAAAGCCAAGAUAUCUUCAGCAAGACACACUACGGGGAGAAUGAAUGCUGGAAUGGAUUUUGACAUGUCUAGGCUGACGUGAGAACAUGUUUUAUCUAAUAACAGAUUUCAAAAUGAAAGUUUGCCUUAGAGAGAAAAAACCUGAGAUAACUUCGCGGGUUAUGUGUGGUCGCAGUCCUUAACUCGUAUACUCAGUAGUACAGAGAAGUUUUUUUACAAGCUCGCUUACGGAGUUGAUGGUAUUAGUAUCAAUAUCAGUCAGUAACAAACAGAACAAAACCAUUGCAAUGUCAGUGUCAUUAAGAGAUUACAACUCUCACUUAAACCCAGUAUAUCGCUGUUUGUAAAGAUUAUCAGUAGUAUUGGAAGUAUCAGUGGUAAUAGCGGUAACAGAAGACGUGUUUGUAGCAAUGGAAGAAGCAGUAUGCUGUAGGAGUGGUGUUAACAAGGCAGUAGCAGUAACAGUAGCAGAAGGUCAUCAACUAACCUAACUAUACCUCUAUAUCGCAGUUACAAAUGAUAACUGGCUACAUAUAUCUAGUUUCCCGUAUAUAUAUACGUAAAAAAGGAUAGAAAACGGCGUAUUAGUGAGU